GUUCUUUCUCUAACAUUCUAAUGAAAGGUUCUUGAGCUAGGAAAGGACUACUCGUGCCUCUUAGGAAUCAGACAUGGCUUCAGGGGAUGCAGGAAGCUCACCUGAGCUGCCAGUCACAGACUGAGUUCUGUCUCCAGCAGGCUUUGAGGAUGAAGGCUGUGGGCCUUUUGACCCUGAUUGGCUGCUUGGUCACAGGCGCCGAGUCCAAAAUCUACACUCGCUGCAAACUGGCAAAAAUAUUCUCGAGGGCUGGCCUGGACAAUUAUGGGGGCUUCAGCCUUGGAAACUGGAUCUGCAUGGCGUAUUACGAGAGCGGCUACAACACCACGGCCCAGACGGUCCUGGAUGAUGGCAGCAUCGACUACGGCAUCUUCCAGAUCAACAGCUUCACCUGGUGCAGACAAGGAAAGCUGCAGGAGCGGAACCACUGCCACGUCGCCUGCUCAGCCUUGAUCACUGAUGACCUCACAGAUGCGAUUAUCUGUGCCAGGAAAAUUGUUAAAGAGACACAAGGAAUGAACUAUUGGCAAGGCUGGAAAAAACACUGCGAGGGCAGAGACCUGUCCAAGUGGAAAAAAGGCUGUGAGGUUUCCUAAGCUGGGAUUGGACCCAGGAUGCUUUGCAGCGACACCCCAGGGUUUGCGGUGAACAUCCAAAUUCCUGUGUCAUCUUGUCCCGUGUCCUCCCAAUAUUUCUUCUCAAACUUGGAGAGGGAAAACUAAGCUAUAUUUUUAAGAAAAUAAAUAUUUCCAUUUAAAUG